GCCCCAUUGCCGCCGAGACCCCGCCGCGAGCGCCUGGCGGGAGGGGGUUCGAGCCGAUGGUUACCAUGGGAACCCGGUCCGGGGCGCACUCGCGCCCACUCCUGCUGCUCCUCGUGCUGCCGCUGGUGCGGGGCCUGGGGACCCAGGGGCAGGGAGGGGACCCGCGGCCCGCACGGGUUUACAGAACACCAGAGCCUGUUUACAAGGAGCAGUAUUUUGAGCAGGUAUUGGAUCACUUCAACUUUGAAUCGUAUGGCAAUAAGACCUUCCUACAGCGAUACCUCACAACAGCUGAAUUCUGGAAGAAGGGAGUUGGGCCCAUCUUCUUUUAUACUGGGAAUGAAGGAGACAUUUGGGAAUUUGCUCAGAAUUCUGGCUUCAUCCUUGAGCUGGCAGAACAGCAGAAUGCGCUAGUGGUUUUUGCAGAGCAUAGGUAUUAUGGGACAUCUCUUCCAUUUGGGAAACUGUCAAUGCAGCGGGAAAAUAUCGGCUUACUCACUGUGGAACAAGCCCUUGCUGACUAUGCGGUGCUCAUUACAGAGCUUAAAAAGCAGUAUGGUGCCAGGGAUUGCCCAGUCAUUGCCUUCGGAGGCAGUUACGGUGGAAUGUUGAGUGCUUACAUGAGAAUGAAAUAUCCUAACAUUGUGGCUGGAGCACUAGCUGCCAGUGCUCCUCUGUUGUCUGUGUCUGGGAUUGGAGACCCCCACCAGUUCUUUCAAGCUGUCACUGCAGAUUUUCAGAGCUCGAGCCCAGCUUGUGUCAAGGCCGUGAGCAAAGCCUUCCAGGAAAUCAAUGACCUCUACUUGAGUGGAGCCUACGAUAGAAUCAGCAGUGAAAUGUCCACGUGCAAGAGGGUUUCUUGCAAGGAAGAUGUCUACCAGCUGUUUGAGUUCGCUCGAAAUGCCUUCACCAUGAUGGCUAUGAUGGACUAUCCUUACAAAACAGAUUUCAUGGGUCACUUCCCUGCUAACCCAGUCAAGGUUGGCUGUGACCAGAUCCUUGCACACCAGGACCAUAUUAAAGGACUGGCGGCUCUUAUCGGAGUGUUCUACAACUCGACUGGGAUGGUCCCGUGUUAUGACAUAUACAAACAGUACAGAAAAUGUUCUGACCCGACUGGCUGUGGCAUUGGCCCUGAUGCUGAGGCGUGGGACUAUCAGGCUUGUACUGAGAUCAACUUAACCUUCAGCAGCAACAACGUGACUGACAUGUUCCCUGAAAUCCCGUUCACCGAGGCUAUGAGACAGCAGUACUGCUUCAACAAAUGGCUCGUGCACCCACAAAGGGACUGGUUGCAAACAAUGUUUUGGGGCAGCGACCUGAAAGCUGCAAGCAACAUAAUAUUUUCAAAUGGAGACUUGGAUCCAUGGGCAGGCGGUGGCAUAAAAAGUAACCUCAGUUCCUCACUAAUUGCGAUAACCAUUAGGGGAGGUGCUCAUCAUCUGGAUCUCCGAGGAUCUAAUCCAGCUGAUCCUCCAUCUGUCACAGAUGGACGCAACCUAGAAGCAAGGAUUAUCCAUAAGUGGGUGAAGUCUGCUAGGAUUGAGAGAGCCUGGGAGAUGUCAUCUGCGGGUAUAUCACCGUGAAGAUAUCCAUCCAGCUGCCAGCAGGAGUGUUGUGCUGCUAGCAUGUGUACCAGAAAGCACAAGGGUGGCAGCCAUGGGAGCUACUUGUGCACAGAUCAUUUGACAAAAAUGUCAGUUCAAAUAGCUCUACCAAGGUGAUCAAAAUUCACCAGUCUAAAGUGUCCUGUGAGUCAAUCAAGUCUGUAAAAAGAAAACAAGUAGGCCAAUCCAUUGACUGAAGGCAAUAGCACUUUGCACCGGUCACACGUUACCUGCAUUGUACCACAGAUGUAAUUGUAAUGGGGGAAGGGGAGAAUAAAAGCUUGCCUGCAAGUGUUAGACCAUUCCUCAGGAACUGGGUCAUAUUUCAUGUACAUGCUUUCCAGAAUGGUAGAGGAAAGAAUGUUCCCCUGCUAUGAGAGCGAGGUACGGUUAUUCACAGCCCACACCAAGCUCCAGUGUUGCACAAGACUAGAGGACACGUGUAGUUUAUGUUCAGCUAGAAACAGUGUGUUCUUAAAUAAAUGCUUAAAAGGAGAAAGUUCUCUUGGGUGAUUUGUGAAGAAGUAGAAUGAAGGUACUAGUUAUAAUGAUCAGUGAGUUGUAGGAUUCAAAUGAAGAGACCAGUUUCUCCAGAAAGAUUAGUCACUGUAAAAAAAAAUAUAUAUGGGUUCGUCUGCUGUGGAGUAGACACUAACGUUUGGAGAGCGUGUGCCCUAUCUAAGGUAAUCCCAUUGUGAACAGCUAUUGUACAGGAACAGUAGCAGUGAAGAAGUAGUCACAUUUCCAAUGAUGACCCCUACGUUUAUUUUAAAAUAAAUUACAAGUUUAUUAAAGUAUGUGAUAGAAUUCCA